CUUUGAACCACUUCUAGAGAGAAUUCGUAAAGAAAAUGCAAUUAAAGGACUGACAAUUAACGGAGCAAAUGUUAAAGUAUCUAGCUACGCUGACGACUUAACGAUUAUCAUGGAUGGAUCUGAGCUAUCUCUAAAUAAAUGUAUGGAUACCUUUGAGGACUUCGAAACAGCAUCUGGGCUGAAAUUGAACCGGCAUAAGUCACAAGCUCUAUGGUUGGGUAGGAACGGGCAUUUAAGAAAGCCGAUUUGCACGCAAUUUAAUAUCCAGUGGCCAACGACACCCAUUAAUGUAUUGGGCGUGAAGGUAUCUAACAACCCGAAUAUUAACAUUUCAGAAAUAAAUUAUAAUGAGAAAUUUGUCAUAAUGAAGGAUAAACUAGCGCCAUGGAUAGGUCGCGGUCUUACUCCAUACGGGCGCGUUCACCUUUUGAAAACCGAAUUGAUAUCUCAGCUGGUGUAUGUUAUGACAGUGCUUCCAGCUCCUCCAAAACCAUUUAUAAAAGAAGUAGAAAAGCUCAUGUUCAAAUUCAUAUGGGGCGGAAAGAAAGAUAAAGUCAAACGUAUGACAUUAAAAAGUAAAUAUAAAGGUGGCGGCCUAAAGGUGCCAGACUUAGCACUUCAGGCACAGAGUUUAAAGGUUACCUGGAAGGGCCUGGUGACCCCAAUGCUUUUUCUAAAUGACGACAUAACGCUGUUUCACUGCAAUACAAAUGCAAAGUACAUAAAAAACACGGUAAAGAAUACUUUUUGGGAGGAAACGUGCAUUGCAUGGAAUAACAUUAACGGAGCUAAUCUUAGUGCCACAGAUCAAUUGCAAAAUAGCAUAUUAUGGGCGAACAAAGAUUUGAACAUAGAAAGCAAUGCCAAUAUCAACAGGAAACAUCUAAUAGAAAAAGGUAUCAUUAGACUAGCAGAUAUAUGUAACUUACGAAAGAAAGAAUUAAUGACAGUCAAUGAAAUUUCACAAAAAUUUGGUGUGCACCCAAUGGUUUCAGCGGCAAUAAAAAACGCAGUGCCAACCGCUUGGAGCAAUAAAAUACGAAACCUUCAGAGAAGUGUCAAUGCAACAUCUAUAGAACAGUUGCAAAAUUCAUCUAAACCAGCAAGAUGGGCAUACUCCAAGUUAUUAGAACAAUCGGCGACGUCGGACGCUGCAGAAGAGCCGCCCAUUCCGGCCGGCGCAGAUGGCACAUAUGCGGCGCAACAGCUGCCCAGCGGCGAGGACACGACCGCCGUCGCCGGGUCGGCGAGGUUUGAGUGUUAG